UCUCUGUGCGCUCCUCAGACUUCAGACUUCAUGAUGGAUUAUAACAGAGCACUUGUUCCUCUGCUGCUGCUGUGGUCCUGCUGCCUCUGCACACAUCUGUGCGAUGGAUACAACUUUGACACUAAAAACUUCCGGAUCUUCCAGGGCUCUAAGGAUACACAGUUUGGAUACACUGUGCAACAGCAUGAAGCGGGAGGAAGAAAAUGGCUGCUGGUGGGGGCCCCCUUCGAAUCCACUGGGAAAAAACAGACCGGUGAUGUGUUCAGGUGCCCUCUGGAUGUCAGGAAUAAUGUAAACUGCUCCAGACUCAACCUGGGUAAACUGUCGCUGGAUAAUGUGUCCGAGAGGAAGGAUGGAAUGAGUCUAGGGAUGAGUCUGACCUCUAACCCCAAAGAUAACAGCUUUGUGACGUGUGGGCCUCUCUGGUCUCAUGAGUGUGGGAGCUCCCUCUACAGCACCGGCAUCUGCACCCGAGUAGGACGCAACUUCAGGCUGUCGCACACCAUUGCCCCGGCCCUGCAGAGGUGUGAGACGUUCAUGGACAUCGUGAUUGUGUUGGACGGUUCAAACUCCAUCUACCCCUGGUACGAGGUGCAGGACUUCCUCAUCAACGUCCUCCAGAAGUUCUACAUCGGCCCAGGUCAGACGCAGGUGGGAGUGGUGCAGUACGGCUCCUCUGUGGUGCAUGAGUUCGGUUUGGGGGAGUACCUCACGGUGGAGGACGUGGUGGAGGCGGCUCGGAGCAUCGACCAGAGAGGAGGAGAAGAGACCAGGACGGCUCUGGGAAUCAACGUGGCCCGGAAAGAGGCGUUUAAACGAGGGGGGCGUCCCGGAGCCAAGAAGGUGAUGAUCGUGAUCACAGACGGAGAGUCCCACGACAGCCCAGACCUGCAGGACGCAGUGGGCCAGAGUCACAAGGACAAUAUCACACUCUACGCCAUCGCUGUCCUGGGUUCCUACAACCGCAGAGGCAUAAACCCGGAGGCGUUCCUGAAUGAGAUCAAGUUCAUCGCGAGUGACCCGGACGAGCAGCACUUCUUCAACGUGACGGACGAGUCUGCGCUCAAAGACAUCGUGGACGCGCUCGGGGAGAGGAUCUUCACUCUGGAAGGGACCAGCAGUCAGGGACGGGGCUUCGGUUUGCAGAUGGCCCAGGCUGGAUUCUCCUCUCAUGUCGUCAAAGACGGCAUUCUCCUGGGAGCAGUGGGGGCGUACGACUGGACCGGAGCUGUUUUAAAGGAGACCAAACAGGGCAAAGUGGUGCCUCCAAAGUCCUCGUAUCAGGACGAGUUCCCAGAAGAACUAAAGAACCACGGGGCUUAUCUGGGGUACUCGUUGAGCUCUCUGUCCUUGGCUCUGGGCUCUCAGCUCUAUGUGGCCGGGGCUCCUCGUUUUAACCACACUGGAAAAGUCCUCAUCUUCACCCUGAAAAACACUGGGAACCUCACCGUCCUACGCUCGCUCCCAGGGGAACAGAUUGGUUCAUACUUCGGGAGUGUCCUGUUGUCCGUGGACAUAAACAGUGAUGGACAGACAGAUGUCCUGCUGGUGUCUGCGCCCAUGUUUUACAGCUUGGGCAGGGAGCAGGGCAAGGUCUAUGUCUACGGCAUUAACAAUAAGUUAUCGUUUAACCUGCAGGGGGCACUGGAGCCCUCCGGUCUGUCCCAUAACUCGCGGUUUGGUACAGCACUGUCUGAUCUGCCCGACAUGAAUGGAGAUGGUUUUAAGGAGCUGGUGGUGGGCGCACCGCUGGAGGACGAACACCAGGGGGCAGUGUAUGUGUUUCACGGGCAGGACAAGUCCAUCCAGCCACAGUUUAAACAGAAGAUUACAGCCUCUGGUUUCCGCUCCGGGCUGCAGUACUUUGGCCAGAGUCUUCAUGGAGUCCUGGACCUGAACUCGGACGGACUGGUGGACCUGUCUGUGGGGGCCCUGGGGGCCGCUGUCAUCAUCUGGUCUCGAGGGGUGGUGCGUAUCCAGGCACGAUUGACCUUUGAACCUGAGAAGGUCAACCUGUUUAACAAAGACUGUGUGCGCGGAGGUCGAGAGGUCACGUGUAUGUCUGCUACUGUGUGUCUGAGUCUGGAAGCGCGCACCAGCAGCCAGGCCAGGACCGAUGUGGCGGCCUGGUACAGUCUGGUGUUAGACGAGAAGAGGUUUCCUCCCAGAGCCGUUCUGGACGAAUCCUCUCGGACUCAACCGCGUAACCUCACUCUGACCACCGGGGGACAGCGCUGUCAGAGACUGGGCUUCUCUGUACAGGAAACAGCAGAUUAUGGACGUCCGAUUGCAGCGGUGCUGGAGAUAGGGCUGAGAAACAAAGAGGAAGGAGCCAUUUUGGAUCCAGACUGGCCCACAACUCUGAGGGCCGAGCUCCCUUUUUGGAACGGCUGUGAGCAGGAGGACAGCUGUGUACCAGACCUGAUCCUCAACAGCCACACGGACCUCCUCACUCUGCAUGGCUUCUGCAGCUCUGUGGAGGGGGCGGUGUGGUCUGUGUGUCACCAGCAGAGGGAGUCAGACACGCAGCAGUACGUGAUGGAGGCUGGGAGGAGGAAGGUGGUGGUUGUCGCUCACAUUGAGAAUCACGGAGAAAAUGCGUACGGAGCGACACUUCAGAUCAGCGCAUCAGAAAACCUCAUCUUCAACAGCCUCAUCGUCAAGGACCAGUCUGACAUCCAGAUCGAGUGCUCCUCUGAGGACAGACUGAGCAGUGGGAGGAGCUGUAACAUCAGCGCCCCCUUCAUGAAGUCACUGUCUCAGGUCUCCUUUAACGUGGAGUUUGAGCUCAAUCGAUCUGCGUUUCUGGAGCACAUACGAAUCGUCAUGGCAACAACCAGUGAUGGAGAGGACGGGUUUCCAGAUGACAACAUCAAUCAAAUCUUUCUCCCUUUAAUAUACCAGACAGACCUUCUCUUCACCAGAGACACCAAUCCUCCACGAUUUGAGAUCAAAACUCCAUCAUCUUUGAACAGAACUGACCACCCUUUCAACCUCACAUAUUACUUGCAGAACCUGGGCGUGUUCCCUGUGGAGGGGCUCUUGUUCAGGGCAGAGGUUUGGUCAGUGACUCCACAGAGGAACCACAUCGUCCACGUUACAGAUUACAGUAUAGAACAGGCACACGGGUCAUGUUCAAUGCCUCAGAUUAAACUCAACAAUCACAUCAAAGAGGAGGACCUGUCUCACGUUCCACUACUGAACCCCAGUAACAGCGGCAGUGUGGUGGUGCAGUGCAGAAUGACUUUACCUGUGUCUAAAGAAGUCCGCAUUUCAAUAUCAGCACGACUCAACUCCACCACUCUGAGCAAGAUUGGGUUUAAGUCUCUGAAGAUUUUGACGACUGCUUCGAUUCAGCUUGAGUCGACCAGCCCCAUGUUUCUGCAGGAGGAGCGGCCGGUCAGAGAGAUCGUUCUGGAGCUGAGGAGGCAGGAGGAGCACAUUGUCCCCAUCUGGAUCAUCGUGGGCAGCUCUCUGGGGGGUCUGCUGCUGCUCGCUGUGCUGGUGCUGGCUCUCUGGAAGCUCGGCUUCUUCAACAGACGGAGGCGAAAGGAAGAGGAGGAAGAGCCCAUGUCCAAUGGGAAAUCACCAGAGGAGCUUUAACAACGCCACCAUGUGGAGUACACCGCCACUGCAUUUAUUAGACCCUUAUUGCCUCCAAAUGUAAAGUACAAAUGAGUUGAAGUGGGCCAAGUCAAACAGCAGAGGACUUAAGGAGUCAAUUAAGUGCAGCUCACUCAGGGACCCUCUAAGCCCCGCCCCCUAAUAAAACCAGCCAAUCACAAGACUGUUCGAUAGUAUGUGUUAUUCAGGCCUUUUGAACAUUGGGCACCUUAGUCUUGGUAUUUCCUGAAUAAUGACCAAAAAUAAUGUGUGCAUCUUGCAAAUUAGAAAAACUAUGUAAAAUGUGUCUAUGUAAAAGGCCAACAGAGGGCGCCAGGACUGCAUCUGCUAGCACAAUCAAAACUAUGAAAUUAAUAACAAUUCCUAUGUUUACAUGGACACCAAAAAUCUAAUUAUGAUGUGAUUUCUGUAGUCAGAUUAUUGGACUGUCACGUGAACAUGUGAUGGGAGUGAUCUGAUUUCUUUCUGAUUGUCAUUUUUUGCAUGUGUUUCCUUGUCAAAACCGGCACAAGUGUGAACAAACUAAUGCGGCAAAGAAAAAAUGAAAGAGAAAAUGUUAAAGGUUGAAAGUCUAAUUUUAGAAUUCGUUGUAUUGUGUGUUCCAGAUACAACAGUAAAAAUCCAGUCGUUCACUGAUACAUCACCAGGUGUUUUUGAUCAGUUUCAGAGAAGCGAGCAUAAAAAAAUCAAAUGGCACAGUGGAGGCAAUGACUAGAUCAGUACAAAUCUGAUGAAUGUGUGGAAUUUAAAAAACAGAAGCACUUUUUGAAUAAUCCAUAUAUGGUCAAUUUGAAGUUAAAUUCCACAUUCCACAUUGUGAUUGUAACAUUUUCAGACGACUCUCAUGCGUGUCUUAUAAUCACUAACAUUCUCACUUGCAUCUCACAGUGAAGUGAACACUACCUAAAAUGGCUGGCUUUUUGUAAUUAUUUCCAGAGCUUAUGGGGAUUGUAAGGUGUUUUAAAUGUAUUGUACAUGUUUUGUAAGUUCUGUAUCUGAUGCACUUUUGAUGUAUAAACUUGAACAUUUGUAAAUACACAGACGUAUGGAGCGAGUGCUCUUGUGCUUCUAAAUAAUGUGAGAUGCCAUUAUGACUGAUGGACUUUUAUAUUAAAUUUACUAUUAAAAUAUGAUUCAACCAAA